AUGAAGUACACUUUUCUUCUACUCUGCGCCAUUUUCGGCUGCACUUUGGCCAUGAGACAACAGUCAGUCGCCGUCUCAGGCAAAUUAAUGUGCGGAAGUAAGCCAGCCUCAGGAGUAAAAGUGAAGCUAUGGGAUGAAGAUGAUGGUCCAGAUCCAGAUGAUGUUCUUGACGAGGGAUUCACAAAUAAUGAUGGAACAUUCCGUCUUGAAGGAUCCGAACGUGAAUUGACAAAUAUCGAUCCAGUGUUCAAAGUGUAUCAUGAUUGUGAUGAUGGAAUUAUUCCAGGACAAAGAAAAAUCAAAUUCCGUAUUCCAAACAAGUACAUCUCGGCUGGUGGACGUGCUCAGAAAACCUUCGAGAUUGGAGUCUUGAAUCUUGAGACAAUCUUCCCGAAAGAAGAACGUGAUCUUUUGUAAAAACAUCCCUUUUACUUUUACAAUUUAAUUUUCAUAAAAGUUUAAAAUAAAGUUUUUCAACAAA